AGUCGGCCAUUUCAUCGGCGCCGGCAAGAGUGCGGGGUGCUGUGUGGUCAGUCAGUGCGUGUGUAUAUAUAUUUUAAAAAAAGACACUUGUAUUCAAUAUUUAACACAAAGGUCGCGAAGGUAAAUUGAAGAAGCUCGAAAUGGCAACAGACAAGAUCAUAAGUUUCAGUAAGGAUUUCCUGGCUGGUGGCGUAGCUGCUGCCAUCUCCAAGACGGCUGUAGCCCCAAUCGAGAGAGUGAAGCUUCUACUGCAGGUGCAACAUGCGAGCAAGCAGAUAGCAGCAGAAAAGCAAUACAAAGGGAUAAUUGACUGUGUUGUACGCAUCCCAAGAGAGCAAGGUUUCAUCUCCUUCUGGCGUGGGAAUUUGGCCAAUGUGAUCAGAUACUUCCCCACCCAGGCACUCAACUUUGCUUUCAAAGAUGUGUACAAGCAGAUCUUCCUCGGUGGUGUUGACAAGAAACAGUUCUGGCGCUACUUUGCUGGUAACCUGGCGUCUGGCGGUGCUGCCGGGGCCACGUCUCUCUGCUUUGUCUACCCACUCGACUUUGCCCGGACGCGCCUGGCCGCGGAUGUUGGGAAGUCUGCCUCAGAGAGGGAGUUCUCUGGUCUGGGCAACUGCCUUGCCAAGAUCUUCAAAUCAGACGGCCUGAAGGGACUUUACCAGGGCUUCAACGUGUCUGUACAGGGCAUCAUCAUCUACAGAGCUGCAUACUUCGGGAUCUAUGACACUGCCAAAGGAAUGCUCCCAGACCCCAAGAACACCCACAUCGUGGUCAGCUGGAUGAUUGCUCAGACUGUGACAGCUGUUGCUGGUGUGACUUCCUAUCCAUUUGAUACUGUGCGUCGUCGUAUGAUGAUGCAGUCUGGGCGGAAAGGAGCUGACAUCAUGUACAAAGGAACAAUUGACUGCUGGAAGAAAAUCUUGCAGGAUGAGGGUGGCAAAGCUUUCUUCAAAGGUGCUUGGUCCAAUGUCCUGCGAGGCAUGGGUGGUGCUUUUGUGCUGGUCUUGUAUGAUGAAUUCAAGAAAUUUGUUUAAAUGGUCACAGACGUCAAUGUUGCGUGAACCAGUGUUGUACUGUAACAUAUCUUGUACAUUCAUGGACUUUCUCAAAAAUUACACCUAUUUAUAGGGGCCCAUCUGGUAAAAAGCUGGUUUGGGUUAUGAAGCGACCAUGUUAAAUGACCACAAUCAUUCUCUGUACACUUAGUAUCAUUCCGUAAUGAUGGGACUAAAUCAUUUCAUCCAGCCGGUCUGCUCUUUUUAAAUUACUGUAACUAAAAAUAAAAUUGACAGUGUAAAUGUC